AACUGUAGGAUUCUGCCUUAUCGUUGUAAAGAAACGCUAUUGGAGAGAAAAAUUUUCAUUCUCUUACGAAGCAGAGAGAAAACUUCUCUGCAUAAACUGUAAAGAAACUUCUGAAAUGGAGGAAGAAAAUAAAACAUUGGAAUUGAGUAAAGAUAAAAAAACGUACGCUGGUAUACCUGAAGCUGUAUUUGUGGAAGAUGUCGAUGCUUUUAUGGCAUUACCAGAAAACAAUGGCCAGGCUAACAAAGUUUUAAGAAAAUGGGACGAAAACCAUGGAAAAUACAAAUUUAUGGAAUACAAUUUAGCUAGCAAAAGAAGGAGGUUGAAGUCACAAAUUCCUGAACUAGAAAGAGCAUUGGAAAUGAUUAAAAAACUUCAAGAAGAAAAAAAUAGCAGUCAUAAUCUUGAAACACAAUUUUUACUUUCUGAACAAGUAUUUGCAAAAGCCAUUGUGCCUCCUACUGAAAAAGUAUGUUUAUGGCUAGGUGCUAAUGUAAUGUUAGAGUAUACUUUAGAUGAUGCACAAGAAUUAAUGGUAAAAAAUAUUGAAACUGCAAAAAUUAAGUUAGGUCAAGUGGAGCAUGAUCUAGAUUUUGUGAGAGAUCAAUUUACGACGACUGAAGUGAAUAUGGCAAGAAUCUACAACUGGGAUGUGAAGAAAAGACAAGCUGCUAAAUCUUCGUAAAAAAAAGAUUAAUAUUUAAUUACAUUAUUGAUAUUUAAUUAAUAAAAUUAAUUGAAUAAACUAUUAUUAUUGGGAAAUAA